GAAACGUAGUUCGGUGGCCUCCAUCGCCGAUUGUCUCCAAUAGAGGCGAACUCAAUUUCCCAAGUGGCGCCGCGGAGGCCAGUCCGAAGUCAGGUUUUUCCGGCCUACCGUAAGGUUUGAACUGGGCGGCGGCAGUGGUCACUGGCACAAUUUUGGUGUUAUGGGGCCAGUUGUGAGUCUGGGGACGUCUAAACCAAGAUUCAGCAUCUUCAGUUCCUAGUAGAUAUUUGUUCAUCAGGGCAUCCCGCUUUUCCCCUAGUUCCCCAAGGACGCCGCUCCCCGGACUAGUCCCAGAAGCGCAGUUUUGGUCUGAUUAUUGCUUCCUUACCUUUAGUAUUGCAUCCCCCCACUCACCUCUUUAGAGCUUACGUUGUGGUCUUCCCUGGGCUGUGUCUUGGGUGUCCACAGUGUGGGGAGCAAGGGCACAAGACGCCAGGAAGCCAGACCCCUGCCGCAGGCCAUGAGUAGGAGUCUGGGCUGGUCUGAACAGCUCGACGCGCUUCUCAAUGCUACGGACCGAAAUGUGAGCAGGAUUAAGCAACGGCUGUAUCCAGUUGGAGUCUCUACCGGGGCAGGAGAUCUGGCUGGGACCUGGAUUUCCCGUCAUCACUUGCCUACCCAGUCAGGAAUCCAAGCUCAGAAGGCUUGGGCUCUAGAGGCUCCCGUAUUCCCAGAGAGGCUAAACUGGGCUGAGGCCCACAGUGCAUCUUCUCUCUGGGACGAAGUUACUAUUCUUCGAUCCCAGCUUAGAUCCCAGGCUCAGGUGACUGAAGCACUACGGCAGGCUGUCCAGGGCCUGCUGGAAGAGCGAGAGCAGCAGAAGUACAAUAUCUCUGCCCUGGAAGCAUCACUAAGAUUGCUGCAGGGGGGCCCAGAGCAAAGGGUCCUUCUCCUGGAGCAACGUCUGGAAGAGAUGAGAAGGGAACUGCAGGGCCUUCGAAGCCAGGUGCAGGAACAGGCCCGAGCCCAAAUACAGACAGGACCACAGGAGUGCAGUGUCACCAGUGGCCUUCACGAAGAGCUUCAGAAUGAGUGGCAACUGCUGGGCAAGGAGUCAGAGAUUCUUUGGGAGGACCUAAAGUUGCCACGGGACCAGCUGAGCCAGCACCAGGAGCUGCUGCUGAAACAGAUGAAUGAGAGGCGGCAAGGUCAGGCCUGCAGCUGGAAGAUCUCCAGAGGCAUACCCUUUCUAACCCGGAGCCCAGCAGCUUUCAGCUCCAGGCCUAGAGCCUUGAGCAAGAGGACCUAUUCUUUAAGGGCCCCAGGAUACUCCUAAGUGACCUGUAAGGACUUGCAAUGUAGUAGGAUGAAGUCUUCUUUGCUCACCUUCCCCUCCAAGGUCCUGUUUCUGAGUCGCCUGCCCCUCCCCUCUUGAUCUAGUUGGUGUUUGCCCUCCCUACUGAGGCUUGUCACUGCCUGUCCAUCCAUGUCUACCAAUUGCAAUAAAAUGGUUUAACCCUC